UCAGUAGGCGGGCCAUUUGCUCUCUGCAUUAGUUGCUGAGAAAAUGGAGAAGGAAAGAACAAAAUUUUGAAUCUGUUGCUUCUUGUUUUUUGUCUCCAGAAGAUGAACCACUCAAUUGAAUAAGCCAUAUAGUACUUCCAUUAGAGUCAGUCCUCUGAAGGUCACGUUUUCAAGUCCUAAAAUAUUAGAACUAUGAUUCAAAAAAGAAAUAAUUUCCUUUUUUUCUACCUGUUAUUUUCAUCAAUCAGCAGAGCACUUUUUUUUUAUUUUUGUCUUGUUCCUUUGAUUUUUCACGCAUGAAUGAUUUAUGUCAUGAAACAGGAAAUGCAUUUUGUUGGUUGUGAUGGUAUGCAGAAAGUGAUGGGAGAUAUGUUCCUUUUGAGUGUGUUUCUUAUUAUUUAUUGGAUAUAUUCUGCAUCUUCUCUGGUUCUCUUUGUUAUUUUUGUAUUGGCUUGAAACAAGAAUGUGUAUAGGCAGUUGUAUUUUACUUGGAAGAUUUUGUAUCCUUUUUCUCUUGCCUCUAUGGGUUCAUAUGUGCCCUCCCUUUCAUCUUAUGGAAACUUGAAAUGGGUCUGAGGUCUGUUCUUCCGAUACCUUUGGUGUUAAUCUCUCUUUCCAUCUCCCAGUAUUUGUUUGUUUGUUGUCUUGGUUCCAUCCUUCUUUCACUUUCUCAAAUUUUGCUGAUUUUUGUGGUAUUGAAGGAAAUGGUGGAUCAUUUUGUUAUGUUACCAGUGAUAGAUGUGGAUUUUAUUUAAAACUUGGUUGAAAUUCUUGCAAUAUGGAAAAGACAGGUGUCAUAGUGACAGCAGAAAUGGCGUCUGGUCUUCAGGCUGAACUAUCCAAGAAGACAUUUCUUUUUGGUCUUAAGGUGUGGGUUUUAGUGGGGAUCUUUGUGGGGGUGUUUAUUGUGAUAAUUCUCUUGUUGAUGUCACUGUGUCUUACUUCACGGAAGAAAUCAAGAAGGGCUAAUAACAAAAUUCCCCUUAGCCAAAUUCCAGCUAUUUCGAAGGAAAUCAAAGAGGUAAGGGUUGAUCGAGUUUCUGCAGACAACUGUGGUCCUCAUGAUGGAGUUUUCCUUGCCCUUAAUGACAAAUUCAGUGAUAAAGAAUCAGAGAAGGUUUUGAUCCCCGCAAAAAAUGGGGAUAAUAGCAGUCAAUCUGGUUCCUUUAAUCAUGUGGAGAAAGAUGGUGUUGGGUCUCAAUCAGGAGAAGAAGUCGGUUCUGGGACCAUUAAUGUGCAUAGACCUUCUUCACAUCCUAUAACAGCCCCAUCACCUCUAAUUGGUUUGCCCGAGUUUUCUCACCUUGGUUGGGGCCAUUGGUUUACAUUAAGGGACCUGGAGCUUGCAACAAACCGGUUUUCGAAGGAAAAUGUCCUUGGUGAGGGUGGGUAUGGAAUUGUUUAUCGAGGCCAUCUGAUCAAUGGGACUCCCGUGGCUGUUAAGAAGCUCCUCAAUAAUUUAGGACAAGCAGAGAAGGAAUUUAGAGUGGAAGUUGAGGCUAUUGGUCAUGUGCGACAUAAAAACUUAGUUCGACUUCUGGGCUACUGCAUUGAAGGAACCCAUAGGCUGUUGGUAUAUGAAUACGUCAACAAUGGCAAUUUAGAGCAAUGGCUUCAUGGAGCGAUGCGUCAGCAUGGAUAUCUUACUUGGGAGGCCCGCAUGAAAAUUUUACUUGGCACUGCUAAGGCGCUCGCCUACUUGCAUGAAGCUAUUGAACCAAAAGUUGUGCAUCGAGAUAUCAAAUCCAGCAAUAUAUUGAUUGAUGAUGAAUUUAAUGCUAAGAUAUCUGACUUUGGUCUGGCCAAAUUACUCGGUGCAGGAAGGAGUCAUAUCACAACUAGAGUUAUGGGGACCUUUGGAUAUGUGGCUCCAGAAUAUGCCAAUUCUGGCCUUUUAAAUGAGAAGAGUGAUGUUUAUAGCUUUGGGGUUGUGCUCUUGGAAGCAAUCACUGGAAGAGAUCCAGUAGAUUACGGUCGACCUGCACAUGAGGUAAAUCUCGUUGAUUGGCUCAAGAUGAUGGUUGGCAGCAGGCGCUCAGAAGAAGUUGUAGACCCAAACAUUGAGACUAGGCCAUCAACAAGUGCCCUUAAAAGAGGCCUUUUGACUGCAUUAAGGUGUGUCGACCCAGAUGCUGACAAGAGACCAAAGAUGAGUCAAGUCGUUCGCAUGCUUGAAUCAGAGGAAUAUCCUAUACCACGAGAGGAUCGGAGGCGCAGAAGGAGUCAUGCAGGGAACAAUGAAGCAGAGUCCCAGAGGGAGAACUCUGAUACUGAUAGGAGUGAAAUUCCAGAUUCAAGGGCAGAGAAUAGAAGGAAACAUCGGACAUCAGCAAAGGGGGCAAACCAUUUAUAGGAUGAGGGCUAUGACUACAUAAGAUAAAGGGUAAUUUCCACAUUCUUUCGACUUUGAAAUUCUUGGGGCCUGCCUUACUUGCGAUCAAUGGGCAGGGGUCGAGCCAUUUAGGGAUAGAAUAUUUGUAUUUCGGUUUUGUAUUACCUACUUGUAGAUGUUGGAGAGAAAAUUAUUUUGUGUAUGAAAGUGGGGUUGGUUAUGAAACUCUCAAACCACUUGUGAUGUGUACAGAUCUAUGAAGUUUUUUUUUUUUCCUUUUCAUUUCCAGAAAUCCUUUUUGGGUUGAAGGUCUCUCUAGUACAUCAGAUUAUUGAUAAUUGCCCUUGCUGUGUAGAAAAAACCAAACAAGGAAAAAAAGAAUGAUCUUUGUGAAUGA